CUCCUCUGUAUAUUCUUGACACUCAAUUGACAGUAGACAGCCAUGCCGGGCGUCCGCAACCUCCUGUUCGCCCUCGCUGGCGCCUCUCUGGCCCCCGCCGUGUUCGCCUCAGAUGCCUCGACAGACAAGUCGGACGUCCACGCCCUCAAGACGGACACCUUCAAGGACUUCAUCAAGGAACAUGAGCUCGUCCUGGCUGAGUUCUACGCUCCCUGGUGCGGCCACUGCAAGGCCCUCGCGCCAGAGUACGAGAUAGCAGCCACCGAGCUCAAGGAGAAGAAGAUUCCCCUGGUCAAGGUCGACUGCACCGAGGAGGCUGACCUCUGCCAGGAGUACGGCGUCGAGGGAUAUCCUACCCUCAAGGUCUUCCGUGGCCUCGAUUCCAUCAAGCCUUAUAACGGGGCUCGCAAGGCUCCAGCGCUCGCCUCGUACAUGGUCAAGCAGAGUCUGCCUUCGGUCUCGAUAGUGACUGCAGAGAACUUUGAGGAGACCAAGGCCCUGGACAAGGUCAUCGUCGUUGGCUUCAUCGGCGAGGAUGACAAGGACUCCAACAAGACUUUCACGGCCCUCGCUGACAGCAUGAGAGAUGACUUCUUGUUUGCCGGAACGAACAGCGCUGAGCUGGCCAAGGCAGAGGGUGUCUCUCUCCCCGGUAUCGUCCUGUACAAGGAGUUCGAUGACCGUAAGGAUAUCUACGAUGGCAAGAUUGAGUCUGAGGCCAUCAAAGCCUUUAUCAAGUCUGCCAGCACCCCUCUCGUUGGCGCCGUUGGCCCAGAGACCUACUCUUCCUACAUGUCGGCUGGCAUUCCUCUGGCAUACAUCUUCGCAGACACCCCCGAGGAACGUGAAAAGUACAGCACCGAGUUCAAGGACCUCGCCAAAAAGCUAAAGGGCAAGAUCAACUUCGCUACUAUCGACGCUAAGGCCUUUGGUGCUCACGCUGCAAACCUCAACCUUGUCCCAGAGAAGUUCCCCGCCUUCGCCAUCCAGGAUACCGUCGGCAACAAGAAGUACCCAUUCGACCAGGAGAAGGAGAUCACUCAGGACGAGAUCACCAAGUUCGUCGAGGGCGUCAUCUCUGGUGAGAUCCAGCCCAGCGUCAAGUCUGAACCCAUCCCAGAGUCCAAUGAUGGUCCCGUCUCCGUCAUCGUCGCCCACACUUACGAGAAGAUCGUCAUGGACGAGGAGAAGGACGUCCUCGUCGAGUUCUACGCUCCAUGGUGCGGACACUGCAAGGCCCUCGCUCCCAAGUAUGAGCAGCUUGGUUCUCUCUACAAGGACAACAAGGAGUUUGCCUCUAAGGUGACCAUCGCCAAGGUCGAUGCCACCGCUAAUGAUAUCCCAGACGAGAUCCAGGGCUUCCCUACCAUCAAGCUCUUCCCUGCUGGCGCCAAGGAUAAGCCAGUCGAGUAUACUGGCUCCCGCACCAUCGAGGACCUCGCCAACUUCGUUCGUGACAACGGCAAGUUCGGUGUCGAUGCCUACGAUGAGGACAAGGUCAAGGAGGAAGGCGGCGAUGUCACCAACAAGCCCAAGGUUGAAACCGCCUCCGAGACCCCCGCUGAAUCCUCCACUAAGACUGCCAAGGACUCCAAGGAGACCGAAGAAGGCCACGAAGAAUUGUAAUUGAACUGUUACUUAUUCCGUCCUUCGUUGGCUUUAUGUAAACUUAUGAUCUUGACGUUUACU